AUGACCUCCCUGAAUCCAAUGUUACCUGUCAUGUCCAAAAUGCAACAAGUCACGAGAAUGACACUGCUGGCAUCUCAGCAACAUCACUUCCACAAAGCUCUUUACAAUCUCACCAAAAGCAACGCACAUUCCACAACAUCAAAGACUUCCCAUGAGACGACGAAGCCCACGCGGAUCGCAAUACUCGGAGGAGGGAUCACCGGUUUGACAGCAGCAUUCUAUGCCCGAAAGCGCUUUCCUGACGCCACCAUCACCCUCUUCGAGUCCACCCACCGUCUUGGCGGCGUCAUCGACUCCAUCACCGCCCACAUCGACAACGACAACACCUCCGCAAUCUGCGACACCGGCACACGCACCCUCCGCGCCAACGCUCCCCGCGGCAUCGUGACGCUCGAUCUGCUCCACGCCCUCAACCUCACCCCGCUCAUCCUCCCCGUCCCUACCACCAGCCCCGCCGCCUGCACCCGCUACAUCCUCUCCCCAACCACCCACCGCCCCAUCCCGAUCCCCAUGCCCUCCGGCACCUCCGCUCCGUCCUCCCCCCACUCCCCAUCGCAGCCCAACAACCCCAACCCCAACCACCUCCUCCCCCACACCCUCUCCACCCUCCUCACCUCCACUACUUUCUCCCUCUCCCAAUCCCUCACCCACCUCCACCACCUCCUCACCCACCCCUCCCUCCACGACCCCCUCCUCCGCCCGCUGCUCCCCGCGCUACUACACGACGCCUUCCUCGCCCCGCUCCGCCCAGCCGCUGCGAAGGGCGGGGAGGGUGAGGAGGAGGUUGAGGACGUAGACAACGAAUCCGUCCACGCCUUUCUCACCCGCCGCCUCGGCACGCCGCGCAUCGCCGACGGCGUGGCGAGCGCGGUGCUGAUGGGGUCGUGGGCGGGCGACGUGGGGCGGCUGAGCGCGCGGGCGUGCGUGGGGGAGCUGUGGGAGGCGGAGGGAAGGUUGGUUGCUGCGCGCAAAGGGGGCCCGUGGUGGGCGCGGGUGGGGAGGGGGGGUGGGGUUGUGGGGGAGGCGGUGAGGGGGGCGGGCCGGGCGAAGGAUACGGGGGGAGAGGAGGAGAGGCGGGUGUUAGAGGAGGUGAGGGAGAGCGGCGGCGCGGGGGAGGUGGAGAGGGCGUUGGGGGUCGAGGGGUGGUGUGUGUAUGGGUUGAAAGGUGGACUGGGGGUGUUGGCGAGGGCGUUGGAGGGGUGGGUGAGGGGGGUGGGCGGCGUGGAGGUCGUGGUAGGGGGAGAGGUGGGGGAGGUGAGGAUGAUGGGUGAUGGGGGUGGUGUUGCUGUGAUGGUGGCUGGAGGUGAGCGGUUGUUCACCCAUGUCGUUGCUUGCACGCCCCUGAAUCGCCUGCUUGCCUGCACUGAGAAGUCGAUGCCUCUCCGGAUGCAGCCUAUGGAAGAGGUGACAGUUGCGGUGGUCACGCUGUGCUACUCGCGUCCUCGGCUCAAUCACCCCUACCAAGGCUUUGGCUACCUGAUUCCACGAUCAGUGCCGCAUGAACUUAACCCGGCGCGUGCCAUUGGGGUAGUGUUUGAUUCCGAUGUCACGCCCGGUAUAGAUGAGUUCCAAGGGUUGGAAGACUUCUCAGAUGAGGCGAAAUAA